GACAGUGACAUUUAAAUGGUUGGAGCUAGGAGGUGACAGAAUAGUUUUGAUGAGUGCGAGGAAAAAUGUUGAGAUUGAUUACUAAAGAAAAGAAGGCAUAAAUGUUACGACAAACAAAUAAAAAACCAGAAAUGGCAUCAAGAGUUCCCCGGCUAGGUGAACAUCAAAAGAAAAAUAACAGUCUCUUUUAUUUGAAGAAGGCCAAACAAGCCUGUGUUAAGAAUGAUUAUGCUGAAGCUUACGAAAACUUCGUUCUUUACUUCGAAAGUUUGAACGACCCUUCGAAUUCUACUUCUGCCGUUCAAACGGUUUUUACUAAACUCGUUUGUAAGAUGGGAGCCGUUUUAGAAGAAACUUCAAAUAUAGAAGAACUUCUCAAAUGUUAUAUUCAAGCUUUAAAUCUUUUCCCCGACAAUUAUGUGAUCCUAAAUAAUUUGGGAGCAUAUAUGUUCAAGAUAUCUGAGAUUGAUAUAGCUCGAAGAUACCUAGAAAGAGCUGUCAAAGUUAAUAAGAAUUAUCUCCCUGCCGAAAUCAAUUUGAUGCACGUGAAAUGGCACCAGAUACCCAGGUGGCAUUUUAGAAUGCUCAAUGAUAAAAGUAGAAAUUUAGCGUAUGAGAACGCCAUUAAAUCUGUGGUUAAAGAAGGAUAUAAGCAUGUCGUGGAUAUUGGAGCAGGAUGUGGACUUUUAAGCCUCAUAACAGCACAAUUACCUGGAACUUCCAUUGUGGCAAUUGAAGAAAAUAAACAGUUGUAUAAUAUGUGCUUAGAUGUGAUCAAGAAGAAUGAAGUUACCAAUGUUAAAGUGCUUCAUUGCUAUUCUACAGAUUUGGAAGAACCACCAGAUAAAUGCAAUUUGUUAGUAACUGAAGUAUUUGAUUGUGCCCUAUUUGGUGAAAGGGCUUUAGAAAGUAUAUACCAUGCUUCAACUGUUUUAAGAACGGAAGAGGAUUAUAAAAUAAUUCCUUGUGGGGCAAAAUUGUAUGUUACAGGUCUAAGCUGUCCUGAUCUAGUUAAACAACAUAAAUGGACUAAUGCUAAAUCCUUAAAACUACUGAAUCUCGAAAACGUCUGCUUAACAGAAUAUGAUUUAGAACCAUACGAGGCAGAAACUUUAUUAGAAAGGGAUGUUAAAUACAUGACUGACAUCCAUCAAGUGUUCGAUAUAGACUUCUACAAUUUAGAACAAAUCACGGAAAUGUUGAACGACGAUUCACACGAAAAAAUAGUUCAGUUGAGGUGCAUCGAAGAGGGAGAGUUACAGGCUUUUGCAAUAUGGUUCGAUUUGAAUCUGACGGAAAAUAUAAGCAUUACUACUAAUCCAUUGGACGAAGAACAAGUCACUUGCUGGGAACAAGCCAUUGUUUGCUUGGAUCAUCCAGUUAGAGUUGUCGAAGGAACUGUUGUAACUGUUAGAGUUACAGUUAGAGAUUGUGGGAUAAAUGCCACUUUGUUGGAGACUGCCGCCGGCGAUCACACAUGUUACAAAGUUUCAAAAGAAGUUGUAACAUUUUUGAAUGAUCAGAAGCUGGUUGAUUGUGUGUGCGCCUUAGCGCAGAAGUUUUGGAAUACAAAUCUCACUGUUGUCGAUAACAACGUCUGUCCGUUAUUAGGAUUCUUACUAGCCAAAAAUAAUUGUUCUACAGUUUACCAUCCGAUCAAAACAGAAGCCGAUAAAACGUUUUUCGAAUACGUUUUGUCGGUGAAUCACAUACCGAAAGAACGAUUCAUUAUAGUCAGCGAAUUAGAAAUCACCGCGGGUCAAGAAACGUGCAUUUUCUUUUUCGAUACAAUUAACGUUGAUGGAUCGUUGGAAAAUUGCUGUUUUAAAAAAAGCGAAAUAGGAACGUCGAUAAACAUACCGCAGAGUUUGAUUAUCGUCGUUCAAUUGAUCAGUUCGCCGUAUAUUGAAUUUUGUAACAGAGUCGACGAUGAGAAUGUCUUAGAAUUCAAAAUCGCCGAAAUUAUCAACGAAUAUUCGGGUUACGAGCAUCCGAAUUUAGAACGAUUGAUGUACACAGAGCAUUCGCCUCCGGUUAAAUUUCAAUUAGAAGGAGACGGGGUGAAAUCCAAAGAUAUAAUAGUCACCAGAGGCGGAGUGACAAACGCCUUAUUGUUGUGGUACGAUAUACAAUUCUACGAAGACAUUGUAUACUCGACUUUGAAUAGUAUACAUUUUAAAAAGACUUGUUUUUUCUUUGCGGAACCAAAAGAAAUCCAAUUAGGAGAUGGUAUUAGCAUAAAAAUGCAAAGAAACGGUACAUAUAUGAAAUUUUAUAUUUAAAUUAAUAAAUGUUUGUAAAUAAAUUAAUAAUUGAUG